AUGGCCAUGGCAAGGUACAAUGCUACUGAUGAAGGUCGGCUGAAAAAUUUAUUUUGGGUAGAUGGCAUUUGUAGGUCCGAUUAUAAGUGCUUUGGAGAUGUGUUUGCAUUCGAUACAACCUACCAGAAGAAUAAGUACAGAAGGCUGUUGGUAAUCUUCUCAGGUUGUAACCAUCACUGCCAAACAUGUAUAUUUGGUUUUGCCUUGGUAGAGGACGAACGGACGGCAACAUAUAUGUGGUUGUUGCUAAACUUUCUAGAAGUCAUGCUGAACAAGUCUCCCAGUGUUGUGGUCACAGACGGUGACGAAGCAAUGAAGGCAGUAAUUCGAGAAAUCUUCUUAGAUAAGGAAAAUGAAUGGGUUCUAAAUGAAUAUGAAAAGAGGAAAAGUUGGGCAAGUGCUUACUUGAGGGAUAAAUUCUGUGCUGGAUUUAGAACAACAUCAUGGUGUGAAGCGAUAAACAACUUCAUCAAGAGGUUUAUUUGCAUUUGUCAAAGUCUUCUAGAGUUGGUCCAAAAUCUUGAACAUGCUCUUAGGGACUAUAGAAACAAUGAAUUAGUUUCUCAAUUUAAGACGCUGUAUGGGGAGGCCGUUCUAACUACUGGGCUAGAAGCAUUGGAGGUUUCUGCUGCCAAUUUUUACACAAGGGAGAUUCUUGGCGAAGUAAAAAAGGAGAUUCAAGGAGUGGUGGCAUUAGAUGUAAUAAAUGAGGAAAACAUAUCAAACACUGUUGUGUUAAAAGUUAAGAAGUGUGACAGGAGGCAACAUAAUUAUAACAUACUUUAUGAUCGCAAUACUGAGCAUAUGGAGUGUGAAUGUAGUCGGUGGAGUAGUGAAGGCAUUCCUUGUAGCCACAUAUUUUGUGCAAUGAAAAGGGUAGAUUUACAAAAGUUGCCAAAUAGUCUUCUUUUGAAAAGAUGGUCGAAGGAUGCCAAGAAGUAUCUGGAUGAAAGUUCUACUGAAGGCACUACGCAAGACAGAGAAAGAGAAUUUUUAAUGCGCUAUGGCGCAUUGUCAGUGGCAGCUACGUGGAUGGUAUUCUUAGGAGCUCAAGAUGGUCCUUCUUUCCAUGACACUAUGAAUGAAGUCUGUUGUUGGACCCAAACACUAGAACAAAACUCUGGCUUGAAAAGACAAAUAAGAGAUUCUCCCACACUAAACUUCGUUGGUGACCCUUCGGUGGUCAAGACAAAAGGAGCACCCAAGGGAAAAAAGGAGAGGGGUAAACGGAGGUGCACUAACUGCAACAGUACUGGUCAUGUAAAGAAUAAAUGUCCUGUGAGGAAUGACGGUGACGAUUUGGGGGAUAAGACUGGUAGUGGCACGCAAGCUAGCUUUGGUACCGAGGAGGAGCUUCCCAAGGACCCUAUGGCUUCUCAAGAGACAUUAGCAGUGCCAAAUACAGAAGGAAAUGCACCUGUGCAGCAAGAGUUUGAGUUAGGUGAUUCAGGAUUGAUUAAUGGCCAUGAGACUCCCAUCCCACCGACAAUUCUGCAGGUAUAUGAGAAUGUCAUUUUAAAAAAUGAAUACCAAUCUUCAAAGCUAUGUGAGGCACUGUGCACCAAUUGCGAGGACAUGAUGGAUCAGCUUCAGGUUCUCAAACUACCUUCCAUGGCAAAGUUUAAUGCGGGAUCGCAGAAUUGCAAUCAUAGUUUUGAGCACGAGUGUGUCGGGCCGUCGAAAACAAACUACGAGUAG